GGCACUAUCCGCAAAGUCCAAACCAUUCGCCUCCGCCACCGCCGGCUGCACACUCGCCGAGCAGCCGCUCACCGAUCGAGAGCAUGCAGCCACCGUGCCUGGGCGCGUGCGGGGGCAGCCCCGCCGUCCUGGGCGCCAGUGCGCACUGCCACCGCCCCUCCACCUCCAGGGCUACCAUCCGGUGCGCCGCCCGGGGCGGGAAGGCGUCGUCGAGGGGGAAGGAGAACGUCUGGAGCGUAGACAACGAACGCGCCGCCGAGCAGAAGGGUCGGUCCCAAAAGAACCACCGCGGGCGGAGGCGCCCGGGAGGGCGCAGCAGGGCGCCCCCGCCGCCGGGGAGUAGGAAGGAGAAUGACGCGGGCUCGAGGGUUCUGGUCUCCGGAGCCAUGCUGGUGGAGGUCGAGACCGUGCUCCAGACCCAGGAAUCUGUAUUAAGGCCUUCCUGGGAUACAUUUGCGAGUAGCUUAAGUGGCGUAUGGAAGGGUGUCGGAGCUGUGUUCUCACCAAUCACAGCAGAGAUGGAACCUGUUGGACUAGGAAGCAAACAGGAGUAUCUUUAUGAUUGCUACACUCUUUCUCGCAUUGAGAAGUCGUAUGAUAGUGUUCAUGGGACCGAGAUCCAAAGGAAGACAAAUUGGGUGCAGCUCAAUCCUCAUGGGGAAGCUGAGAAGCAGAGUGCCAGCGAUGAUGAAUGGAGUCAUGGUAUCUCCAGUGGGACUGUUGAUUUACCUGCGCAUGAAUAUUUUGAUCUUAAAAAGAGCGAUGUACUUGAUGAAGAUGUUAUGAUUGAAGAACCAGGGAUUGUAUUUUUUGAGGAUGGAUCAUACUCUAGAGGUCCACUUGAUAUAGAAAUCGGCGAAUAUGAUGAAUCUAAAUACUUCCUCUCACCAACGUAUCAGUUUGAGCAAAGUCUGGUCAAAGGAUGCCACAAAAGACUGCGUAUUGUGCAUACCAUUGAAUUCAAUGAAGGAGGAGCGAAUAUACAAACCGUAAGGGUUGCUGUGUAUGAAGAAAAAUGGGCUAGCCCAGCAAAUAUCCAUGUUGAAGAUAUUACCCCUGUUGACGUCAGACCUUUCUCUCAAAGAAAGCGGACGAAACCAUCAGAAUUGACAGGCCCCUGGAAAGUAUAUGAAGUCAGUGCAACACCAAUUUUCAGUGAGAAAGUAAAAGAAAUAGAGGGUGGAGCCGCCUUUGUAUACUUGUGCAUGGAGACCAUGAAGAAGAGAACCUUGCCAGAGAGCUCUGUUUUCUUCGGGGAGGAGGAGAUGCUCGAUAUGCAAGACGUGACUAUACUUUGGUUGCCUGGAGGCGUCACCGCCUAUGUUGACGUAGAUAAAGAUGGUAUACUCUGCAUCGGAGUUAGUUGGUACUCGGAGGAAGGGAUUAAUCUGGUGAUGGAGAGGGACUAUGGAACUGACGGGAAGCUCAGGGAAGUUCGGACGAAAACUGAAAUCAAGCGCAGAUUGCCGAUACAAUGUUUGCUUAGCUUGAUCGUUGGAGAACAUGGGUGGACCUGGACCAUGGUCAUGCCUCGUGGAGCAGAUGCAGGAAGUCCAGCUUUGGAAGAUGCAACCAAGGAAGAGUGCCUACAAAGAUUACAGAACCGGAUUGAGGUGCCUUAUGAUAGUCAAAAUAGAGAACAUCAGGAAGCACUCAAAGCCCUUUGGCAUGCUUCUUUUCCUGGGACUGAACUUCUAGGACUAGUAUCAGAUCAAUGGAAGGAGAUGGGAUGGCAAGGGAAAGAUCCAUCCACAGAUUUCAGGGGUGGUGGCUUUAUCUCUUUGGAGAAUUUACUUUACUUCGCUAAGAACUAUCCAAAAUCCUUCGAGGAGCUCCUUUGUAAGCAAAAUGGUGACAGAGCAUUAUGGGAAUAUCCAUUUGCUGUAGCUGGAGUAAAUAUUACAUUUAUGCUCAUUCAGAUGCUUGAUCUUCAAGCAGCUAAGCCAAGGUCUUUGAUUGGAGCAGUGUUCCUAAAUCUACUUAUAGAAAACGAUCGAGCUUUUGAUAUUCUUUACUGCAUAACCUUUAAGCUGAUGGAUCGGAAAUGGCUUGAAAUGCACGCCACAUAUAUGGAUUUUAAUACUGUUAUUAAAUCCACACGGCGCCAGCUUGAGAGAGAGCUAUUACUUGAAGAUAUUCAGCAAAUUGAGGACAUGCCGUCAUACGGGUUUCUUGCCCGUUAGCAACUGAAGUCUUGCCUAACAUCGCCACGUGUAGUAAAGUUCUUGACACAUGCUUCUAAAGAGUGGAAUGUAGGAAUCAGGGACUCGUGCUUGUGUGGUUUUCGCUAUCGUGCUUAGGUACUCUGAUAUCCUGAGCGCAUGUUUGGGUCUUCUUGGAUCUGACCUCUAGAGUAACUGGCUACCUGAACAGCAGUUGGGCCAUGCUAGUGCCGGUAGGAUGUACUUUCGGAAACAAUUUGUCCUGGCGCGGAGUCUUCGUGCUAGGAAUUACGUAGUAAGUUCUGAAACUCCUCAGUACUCAAGACAACUUUGUAGCCAAGUGCAUAAAUGAUAUUGGUGCACUCUUGUUUUGCACUAAACACACACGUUUUGUGUGAUUUAUCCA